CACCCCGCAUGACAUUCAAAUAUUUCAAAUUUUUGGAUCCAAGUAGGCUAGGUAUAAGGAAUUUUACUUUCCUUUCAAUUGGCAGAGCACAAUUCUUUCAUUUCGGUCUGAUAUUUCGGUGUGAGCAGUCGUUCAGCUCCAAAAUUUUAAAUUUCAAUCAUGGUGUACCUGGUGCGCAACAAGGAAGAUCUCGACCAGCAGCUGGUCCUCGCCGAGGACAAGCUGGUGGUGAUCGAUUUCUAUGCCAACUGGUGCGGGCCAUGCAAAAUUAUUGCCCCGAAACUGGAGGAGCUGGCCCAGCAGUACUCGGAUCGCGCGGUGGUGCUCAAGGUGGAUGUGGACGACAACGAGGAAAUCACGGUGGAGUAUAACGUGACCAGCAUGCCGACCUUUGUGUUCAUCAAGGGCGGCGAGGUGCUGGAGCUAUUCGUGGGCUGCAACUCGGACAAGCUGGCCAAGUCCAUGGAGAAGUUUGCCGAGCCCGUGGCGGAUGCGGAAGCCACAGGGCAGCGCCGUUCGUCCAGCCACCUGGCGGGCGCUGCCAUGGAGUCCGAGGACGCCUGCAGUGCCGGGCCAAGUGCCUCCUCCAGUGGCAGUGUCAACGAAGAUGUCAUCCGCGAGCUGUCCGAGCACGAUCAGGAGGCCGUGCUGGAACACUAAAACCAAAGAUGCAGAAAUAGCGUUAUUAAUCCAUCCAUCCAAACCGAUAUCCUCAAGAAUACAUUCAAAUGCCACAAUACUCAAAACUAUCCACGAAUCGUUAUCCUCGGUAGAAACUCCUCGGCAGUUGUACUCUUAUAAGAAAAAACAUGCUAUCAAUCAUCACUUAACACAAUACGAAAUAGUCUAUAAGCUAACUCAACAUAAACUGAUUGGAAAUAUGUACAACCGACGCUGCUGUUCAGUUUUCCACGCAUUGCUGGUUUCUUGUUUAUACUCCAUAUUGUUGCUGAACCCAAAAACAAAAGUACAAAAUAUUUAACAAAGGCUACUUAUAACAAACUA